AAGAUCUUUGAUAUUUUGGUCCCCCGAAGAUCUGGGUGUCUGUUGUUAAUGACCUCGUAGAAGGAGGAGGUGAAAAUGUUUUCGUCUAGGGGAUUGUUGCUGUGCCGGAGAUUAGCGUCAACUUCGAAGAGUAUACAGAGGCGUACGUUUAUGCUGAAACCACCUCUAAAUGGCGGUGGCGAAUAUGUAUACCGAUCAGCUCCAAAACCACAUGCAAAAAUUACAAUAUUCUUAGCAGAAGCAGUCGGAGCCUACAUGUGGUGGUGGAUCCUGUGGCACCUUUGGCAUGAACCAGAGCAUAUUACAGGCGAAUUUCCAUAUCCUGAUCCAUCAAAAUGGACAGACGAAGAGCUAGGCAUACCACCAGAUGAAGAGGAAUAAACGAGAAUUGUUUCUUUAGUGCUGCAGAAUUUAUUUCUAUUUAUAUAGAUCAAGAACUGUUUGUGAAUUUGUAUAUAAAGUGUAAAUUGUAAUGUAUUCAGUCUGGUCUGCGAGCUCUUGCAAACAUAAUUUGGAUAUGUAAUGCACGUUCUCAGACUUUUCGAGUAAAGCGUGAAUCACACUUCCAUUUUUAUCUGAGGGUUUAAUAAAGACAGUUUGGAUGCAACUAAAAUAAUGGUGUGGAAUCAGUUUUGCUUUAAAAAUAUAUGGCAUAUAUUUCAGCAUAUCUGUAAAAUUAUUACAAGAAUGAAAAAUGCACUUCCGCUAGAUGAACACUGCAAAGUUAGAACAAGGUGCUCCCGAAUAAAUAGCAUGUUUGUUCUGUGAUAUGUUAAUAAAAAAAAAAGAGAAGAAAAGUAAAUGGAUAUUCAUAUUUGAA